AUGUGGUAUCACUGUACACAAGCAGGAACAAGUGUAAUAGUCUUUGAGAGGAAACUGGAUCACUACCUUCAUCAAGUGCCAGAUCAGUCUGACUGUGAAGAAUAUAUGGGCCAGCGAGCUGCUAACAACAACAGGUUGAUUGAUCAGUAUCGAUGGGUUUAUAUCCGCACAGGAACGAAACGGCCACAGGUGCUUAGCUCUGGACGUCAACUUGUAGUUGGUGAACCCAGACUUGCACUUGAUACUAAGGUAGAAGAUGGGAACAUCACACUAAAACUGACUCUGUCAGACAUUCGGCCGUAUGAGUCUGGCAUCUUUAUGUGUUGGAGACAGGGACUACAACCUGAUCCCCAAAUUCUUCUUACUGUAUUAGAGCCUGGGGCAUCACCUGAGAGGCAGGUGAUCACUAAAUUAGAGGGACCAUCAGAAGUCAAAUAUGGAGAUCCAGCCACAUUUACCUGUACUAUCAGUCCAUCCUGGCCAGUCAAGGUGACAUGGCUCAAGGAUGGAACUGAGAUUCCAGUUACUGAUCGCCUUUAUACUCAGACUGUGGAGACAAGAAUUGAGCCUGUUAAUGACAGUCAAGCACAAAGCAAAAGACAAGAAGCAACAGAACAGCUUUUAGCAACUCUCUCGGUUGCCACUGUCAGGAUGGAUGCAAACUUCACAUGUCGUAUUGAAACAGAUCCACCUGAAGAGCGCAGCUUCUGGAUUAAUGUACGAGUGCCACGAGUUGUGUCAUUAACGAGUGAGCCAGACAAGGACACCGUGCAAUAUGGACAGUCCCUUACUCUCACCUGCAUUGUUUCUGGUUCAGACUCAGAGGUAGUAUGGCUAAAGAAUGGCUUUGAGUUAUUGUUUGGACAAAACUUCCCUGGUAGGCAAAAAUAUUCAUCUGAAAAGUCCCCAAACAUGAUGGCCUCUACUGUGUAUAUCGAGUCUGUGUCUGUUUCCGAUAAUGGACAUUAUGUCUGUUAUAUUCCUGGGGCAUCAAGAUUUAUACUCAUCAAUCUUGAAGGUCGUCCUGCUAGAUUGCUCGGAGUCACUGGUGGAAACUUUUUUGAGGAUGAACCAUUGAUACUAAGUUGCAGAACUCAGUAUGCAAAAGAUACACAACAAUCAGCAGUUAGCUGGAAAUUCCAAGAUGAACUGCUUGACCCAAGUCAGUAUGAAUCACGAAUGUCUCACUCAGAUUACAAUGUGACAGUACAUGAGCUGAUCAUUGCUAGGGCUGGAGAAGCACAUGCUGGUACUUACGAGUGUGUGACACCAUAUGGCUCGGCGGCAGUAUCAGCUGAUAUGUAUGUGCCUCCAUUCUUGAGUGAGCCUCUGCCAUCAGAGAUGUUUAUUAAGGAAGGUGAAGAGUUGUACAUCAACUGCCGAACUACUGGCCGCCCUCAACCUGUGGUACACUGGGAGAAAAAGAUAGGAGAAUCAUGGCUGCCAGUGAAUGAGAUAAUAGGUAGGGAUGCAGAUGUUGAUGGGGUAUUUACUGCUCCUCUAGUCUCUGUGAGUGAUGCUGGACACUACAGGUGUGCAGCAAAGAGUACUGCAGGUUCCUUCCUUGCUGAAGUUACUGUCACUGUUGAACGUGCAUCACCGGAGGUGUUUGACAUGGUGGCCCCCGAGAGUGUGCUAGUUGGAGAUAACUUCACUGUCCAGUGCACCAUCAUGAAUUGGGAUGGACAGGUGGAAUUCAUAUUUGAGGGUGUAUCUCUGAAUUCACGUUUGAACAGUCGAUAUAGCGUGAUCCUGUAUCCUGAAGAGGAUAGUGUUUUGCAAGCAUAUCUUAUAGUUCAAGAGGCUAAACUUGAAGAUGCUGGCAGUUAUAUGUGCAUUGCUGGACCUCAAGCUUCAGCCUCUGUUACUGUUGAGAUCACAAAACGGCCUGGAGAAAUUGUAAAUCUGGUGGUCUCCCCAGCAAUCGAAGGUGAAGAUUUCUUUGUGAGCUGCACUGUCAGGAACUGGUUGGAAGAAGUGAGGUUUUAUCACAAAGGAAAUAUACUAUCAGAAGACACUGAUCCUCGUUAUAGUAUAUACAUUCCUGAUACCAGCCUGCAAGAUGUUACACAUGUGUUGAAGGUAGCAUCAGCAAGAGUUGAAGAUGAGGGCACAUACCAUUGUUACCUGGAUGUUUACAACACUCGCACUGUGGAGGUUGCUCUUAAGCGUCCUGUGCAAGAAGUACUGGAAGUUUCAGCUACAGCAGCUAUAUUGGGACGUACUUUCAAUGUAUCCUGCAGCGUUAGGAGCUGGGAUGAACCAGUAACUUUCUUAUUCAAUGAUGUCGUGGUGGAGCCUGAUAAUGACUGGCGGUACAAAGUGUUUGUGCUUCCAUCUGAUACCAACAGUCAGGAAGUGACACAUGUCCUCAGUGUGUCUUCUGCAACACUUGAAGAUAGUGGCUCAUAUAAGUGCUACACCACACCUGCUACAUCUGCAUCCACCUAUGUAACAAUUUGGAAUGUUGCUGACGUGACCCUUGGACUUCAGUUUCAAGAUCAGCCUAACUGGAAGGAUUCACCAGUACCCAUAAACUGUGAAGUGCGAGGUGUUGACCCAAAUACAGUGACAAUCCUCUUUUCCCAUUAUGACAAUCCACAAGUAUCCAUUCAGAAUCGUACAAAGAUGUCUACUUCCAAUCAUCUUGUAAAUAUUGCCAUUGGUCAAGGAGAGGAGGACUCUGUACCUCUCACUGUAUUCACUCUGGGCUUCUACUCACUCACAAAAGACCUUGAGGGUCUUUGGUCUUGUGAAGUGUUACAUCCAAGUGGGGAGUCUCUUGGUAGUGACACACUUUUUCUGGAAAUUGAAGAACCUCCAGAGUUCAUGAACCUUCCUCCGAAGGAAGUUUACGAGGUUGAUGGAGCAGAUCUGUUCCUCAAUUGUUCAGUUACUGGUUCACCUGACACAAUGGUUGCAUGGUAUAAGGAAGGUAUCCCAGAACCAAUAGAGUUUGGUAGACUGAGUGCCUCACUAUUCAUACCAAGAUUCACAACUACUGAUGAAGGCUAUUACUUUUGUCGGGCAGCCUUACACAAUCGGGAAAUCCAGACAAGUACGAUUCUUAAAUUGAGAACCCCUCAGCCUCGCGUUGAGUCAGUAGUGGCAUCACCAGCUACAGUAGGAGGAGAAUUUACCAUAACCUGCACCACCUCUAGCUGGAAUGAACAGGUUCUGUUCAUCCACAACAGGGAGCCUGCAGAUCUCAAUGAAGGUUCAAGAUAUUCAGUGAGCAGCCAGCUACUGCGCAAUGGAAAGCAGCGUACCACUGAACAUGUUCUUAAAGUAAAACAUGCAACACUCCAAGAUUCAGGGAUUGUAGAGUGCUUCUUAACUCCUGAUAUUUUUGGCUCAACAGAGGUUAUUGUGAAAGAAGAUUAUAGACUGUUACCAACCCCAAUAUCUACUGAAGUAUCUGGUCUGCCAAAGCCAACAAUAUCUUUGGGACGUAUUGUGGAGCUGAGAGGUCCUGACACAGUACAGGAGGGAGCAACACUCCUGCUCACCUGCCUUGUUAGUCCAGUUGUUCAUCAGGAUAUUGUGCUGAUACACGACAUAUUCAUACUUCAUUCAGGACAUGAAACAUUAACUGAAGAUCCUCGUAUAGAAAUCAUGCAGGAUGUGUCUGCUGAUGGAUCAAGGUUGCUGUAUCUCAGGAUAUCACAGAUUACAAAGGAUGAUGGUGGGGAAUACCAAUGUGUAACGUCAACUAAGCCACCAGCGUACUCGGUGUUCAAUGUGCUUAUAGUACCAGAGGAUACUGAUUUAGAAUUACCUGAAGCGAGUACAACUGAAGUGCCAUAUCUUCCUACAACAACAGAGGGUAAGACUACAGGUGGAUGUGAGUUCCCCUCCCAGUGGAUUGGUAGCUGGUACCAGACUGACUUUGACCAGAAAGUGACCAUUGCUGCUUAUGAAUUUGGCAAAAGCACAUGUGUUAAUUCUUCAAGCAAUAGUUACCUGGUUCAGCAUUUAAAAAAAGAGUGUUAUCGAUGUGUUCAGAUAACAGAACAGCAUCAAAAUUUACUUCAGUAUAAAAAAUCAAAGUGCAAGAAAACUCAAGUUAUAGAAGAUGUCUGUGCCACCAUUGCCAGAAAUGCUGAUCUUCACACUUUGAUUCGCAUGCUUGCUGAACCAUCCCACUGUCCAUUCAUUGGCCCAAGGAAAUUCACCUAUGAAUUACCACAGGGAGAAUGCAGUGAAAGCCUUUCAGAGAUUAUAUCUUAUAAAGCAACUGAACUGAAUUUCAUGUAUGCCCCAUGUGAAGAUUUUCUGAGCAGAUAUGAGCCAGGAAUUAUAAGUGAAGAGUUUGACUGUAUUGCCAAUUGGACCGAAGGCAGUACCUAUUACCUGAUUGGCAAGUUACGUGGGCCUUUUCUUUCUUUGGAAGAGCGUUACAGGUGCUUUACAUACAUACAAGAAAAAAAUGAGAGCUAUGUUUAUCAAAUGAGCCAUAGGAAUUCUGCAACAUGUGGUGUGUUGGGGAAAAAUUUCAAUAAGGCAUAUAAAAUCUUCAGCAUUGUAGAAGAGGCGCCAUUAUUAUUAACUGGAUCACAGGAAACUAAUCUUACACUGCAGCCUUCUCAAGAAGUCAAACUAACAUGUGAAGCAUCAGUCCAGAUAGACUUUGAUGAGGUGUACUUCUUUAGAAAAUAUUAUAUGAAGUGGGCACGUGAAGUUAAUAAUGAAGACGAAGUUAUUACCUUUGAUGAGAAUGUAAUACAUAAUGAUUCAACUCGAUUCUCUAUACAAACUGAUAAUGAUGAAGGUACAACAAAAUAUGAUUUAAUAAUCAAUCCUCUGAAAGUCAAUGAUGCAGGUAUCUACACUUGCUCCUUGAAUAAUAUAAAUAAUACACUGGUAACCCACAAAAUCUUCCUGUCCAUGGCUGAACCACCUCAUUAUGACAGCUGUGAACUUCCUGAUCACUGGACUGGUGAAUGGUGGACUCCAGAACAAGAUUACACCAUUAUUGCAAAUAACUUUGGUGAAAGCAGCUGUAUGCUCUCCUUAGGAAAUAGUUUCCUCAUGAAAGAGUUUGCUGAAUCACAAGAACCAGAGCCACCAGUGAUUGAAGAAAAUGUUGACAGCAGUCAAGUUCAAGUUGGAGAUUCCAUCCGACUAACUUGCACCAGCGGUGGUGGGCUUCCACCUGCAACACUUAAAUGGUUUAGAAAUAAUAAAGAGAUACCAUCUGAAACUCGACAAGUGAAGGGCAUUUCAAAAGCCUACCUUGACAUUACAGUAGAAGAGUCAGAUAGAGAUGCAGAGUUUCAAUGUGAGGCUUCCAACUUUGUCACAGUCGUCCCACUCAGCACUGCUACUGCACUUACCUUCCAGAAAGGUUUUAAAAACAUCAUGGUGCCACAAAUUGUGGCUGUGGAGGAUCAGACUUCUUUUCUGCCUUGUGCUCAGACCUCUGAAGAAGAUAUCAAGAUGGAGUGGUUUGAUGCUGAUCUAGAUUACCAGAUAACUUCAGAUAGUGAAAUUUUAACUCAAGAUUCCAACUAUUAUCCAUAUAUUGAAAAUGGAAUUUUGGGUUUAAUGGUGAUUAAGAGUUUCCUUGACACUACUUAUGGUUGCUCAUUGGAUGGACAAAAGUUGGGAAAUACAACAUUAGUAAUACUUCCACAAUACCUGUUUGGAGUGAAUUUUGAAGAUAUUCAGAAGUACUUUGAAGACUCUGAUACUAAAUUACAAGUUGAUGAAGGAAAAUCUGUGACAGUGGAUUGUUCUCUCAAAGGCAAUAUGCCUUCAGCCUUGGUCAGUUGGUGGCAUUACCCAGGGUCAACUCUCCUAACGCAGGGCAGGAUCAACAUAGCUGAAGCUAAGGGCUACAAACUGAAAGUUUCUGAUAAUUCUUAUCUUCUCACCAUAACUAAUGCCAGUCUUUCACACUCCGGCUUGUACGUCUGCCAAUUUGCUAUUAAUGAACGGGAAAUUUAUAGAAAAAACUUCACUGUGUAUGUGGAUGGGUUGGCAUGGGUUCAGCUUGGUGAGAAUGCCAGGAUUAGAUGUUACUCACCAACUGGGGACUGGGUUAAAUAUGUAUAUAAGGAAGAAGAUAUACUGCAGUCAUCACCAAAUAAUACAGAAAAAUAUGUAUGGGCAAGGUCAGAAGAGACUGAUAAACCAGGAGCCAUCAUAAUACUUACUAUCAAUGAUAUCAAUGAAGAUGAUCUGGGAACAUACACCUGCAAAGAUAUUAAAAAUUCUUUCAUUUUACAAGAGACACAGCUGAAGAUUUUUAUUCAAGGAGAAUCAUCAACAAUAAGCUUGCCUUCCCCAGAAGAGGAAAUAUAUCCUUGGAGCACAUCAGAAACUUCUGAAGAAGCCACAGAAGCAUAUAUGGAAGAAGUAACUACAGAAACUUCAAAGGAAGAUGAAGAAGUUAUAGGAAUUACAAAAAAAGAUGAAUUCACUACAAAAAUGGCAGAGGUUGAAAUAUCUACAGAAAUUGUGAAAGGAGAGUGGGAAUACAUUGAUGAAAUUGAAGAAAUACCCAUCCUGGAACCAGUAGUAACAUCAACAACAACAGAAGCAACCUCAACAAUAACAGCAACAUCAUCAACGACAACAUCAACGACAACAACAACACCUUCAACGACAUCAUCAUCACCACCACCACCACCAACAACAACAACCACAACAACAACAACAACAACAACAACAACAACAAUCCCACCUGUAAUUUAUGAAGAAGUAAUUCUAAGCUGUGAAGGAAAUAAUCUAGAGGAUAUCACUUGGAAGCAAGGCAUCAAGCCACUUUUCUUGGGUGGCUUAGAUGUGGCAAACAUUCCUGGAUUGCUAGUGUCAUAUGAUGGAGAAUUAAUACUAGCUAAGGGCCCCCAUAAAGAUAUUCGAGAUAAUGACACUUAUGUCUGUUUUGUUGACACAUUCGAUGAUGAAAUUGCCAUUGCUACAUAUCAUGUCCGUUUAAGUGGGGAUGAAACCACUGUUGAAGCAACAAUACAUGGCACAACAGAAAGUAUUCCAGUUGUUCAGCCAGAAGAAGAAGAAGAAGACUCCGUGCAAUCCCCUGAUCUUGAGUUUUCAGAUUUAAAAGAGGAAGAAGUUGCAGUAUUAGCCAAUUCAGAAAGAAUUGGUAAAAGAAUUUUUGAGGUGCUGCUGAGUGGAGGACUAAAUGUCAGGUUAUUGGAAGAGAUAAUGUGCAGUGCUCCAAGUGAAACUCGUGCCUGGUCUGAAGCUCAAGCAGCACUAAAAGAAUGUGAAUAUGAAGCACGAUCCUCAGGAAACCUUUUAAGUAAUCAGAGUGUUUUCAUUGGCAUUGACUUCUUUGUUGAGUUAAUUCCUUCAAGUUGGUUUGCUGUGACUCAACUGCAUGUCCAUGACAUUAAGAAAAAUAUAUCUGUGGAUGUCUUUGCUCCGAUGGUACCUGUGCCAAGUAGUGAUAUUAUUCAGCCUUCUCAACCUAAUGAACCAGUUCUUAUAAUGGUAUCAGAGUCCUGGUGGAAUACUGUGCAGGGUGCAGACAGCUCAUAUGGAAAUGGCCUCACUGCCUCCAUACUCUCCCUCCAGGAAUCAUAUCGCAGUUUUCUAAAUGAAGAUGGCUCUCCAUGAGACGUUAAAAAAUUCUCAAAAUAUUUUGAUGUGAUUGCAGUCUGUAAAUAUAAUAAGUUUGUAAUAAUGUUAGAACUGAUACAUAAGUUAACAUGAGAGCUAUUUGUUUACAUAAAACCAUGAAAAAUAAUAUUUUUAUUAGGAGUGGUGUUGAAUUAAAAUACAGUGCAAACAAUGAAAUAUGACACAAGUUACUUUUUUCUUAUGUAUGUAUAUA